AUGCUCAGCCGUUCGUUGUUUGCUCUUACGCGAGGAGCGAGCAUUGCUGUGAGAGGAGUGGCAACCGCUGCCGUUGAUCCGAUUGGCGAGCCUGUCCACAAACUCAAGGUAACAACCAUUCCCGGAGAUGGAGUUGGACCAGAAUUAAUUUAUCUUGUGCAAGAAAUUGUUAAGAGCACUGGAAUCCCACUAGAAUUUGAAGAGCUAUUCCUUUCGGACAUUCACUGGAAUCGCUCGGAGUCAAUCGAAAAAGCCGUUGAGUCGAUCAGUAGAAACAACAAUGUUGCUUUGAAAGGAGCCAUUCAAGAAGCGUUUGUUUUGCAAACAGAGGGUGAUCUUCUUGGAUUAAACAUGCGAUUGAGGAAACGACUCGAUCUGUUUGCGAAUGUUUGUCACAUCAAGACCAUUCCCGGCAUCAAGACACGUCAUGGAAAAGAGCUCGACUUUGUAAUCAUUCGAGAACAAACCGAGGGAGAAUACAGUGCUCUUGAGCAUGAGCUUGUUCCAGGAGUUAUCGAAUGCUUGAAAAUCUCGACGCGCCCAAAAAUUGAACGAAUCGCAAAAUUUGCUUUUGAUUAUGCCACAAAGCACGGAAGAAAGAAGGUUAUUGCCGUUCAUAAAGCCAAUAUUAUGAAGCUCGGUGAUGGGCUUUUCUUGAAAGUUUGUCAAGAGACUGCUAAACUCUACCCACGUAUCGAAUUCGAUCAAAUGAUCAUUGACAAUACUUGUAUGCAACUUGUCAGCCGACCUGAGCAAUUCGAUGUAAUGGUUAUGCCAAAUUUGUAUGGAAACAUCAUUGACAACUUGGCUGCUGGACUUGUUGGUGGAGCUGGAGUGGUACCAGCUGAGUCGGUUGGCUCAGAUUUUGUGAUUUUCGAGCCAGGAAGUCGACACGCUUUCCACGCUGCUCUUGGAAGACAAAUCGCUAAUCCAACAGCGAUGAUUCUUUGCGCCGCCAACAUGUUAAAUCAUUUGCACUUGGAUACUUAUGGUAAUGCUUUACGUCAAGCGGUUUACGAUGUUGUUAAAGAAGGAAAAGUUCGAACGCAGGAUUUUGGAGGUUAUGCCAAAUCGACAGAAUUCGCCGAUCGAGUCGUCGACAAGUUCAAGAUC